CAAGCUCCUCCUCGCACCUCACAAUGAGAACCCGCAGAUCCAAUCGCACCAAACGGUACACUGUUGAAAAAUACGACUUUGAAGGCAGUUCCGAUGAGGAAAUCCUCAAGCGCGCCGCGAAUGCAGAGGACGAUGAGAACUUUGACGUGACCGCCGCCGCCGAGAGCGCUGAAGAAGAAGAGCUCGCGCUUGAGGAAGAGGCUCUCGAGUCGGAAGGCUUCGUGAGCGAACCCGAUGGCAUUCCCGAUAGGUUCGCGCGCCAGCGGAUAAAGCCUAUUCGACCCUUCAAUGUGCGCGCUGCUGGCCUGACGGGUUAUCUUGAUGUUGAGCCUGUGGCGGAUGGCCGCAUCGUGAGGUCCUACUGGGGACCUUAUGACCGCGGCGUCAAGGGACGUCCACUUAUCGAAGCAUGGUACGGGCGGCACGAAGACGGCAUCAAGAUGGUGCAAGGUAUGCUGGACCGGUGGAUGGACUGGACAGCGCUGCCUCCAAAGAUCAAGGGCGAGGACGGGCAGAAGAACAGGGGCGUCUGGUCGCCCAACUUUUUCGAGCGCGAGGCUUACAACGCUGAACACUGGUAUGAACGCGUGAGGGAAAGUUUGCCGGACGCCGACUCGCGAGUACGACUACCCCCGGAGGAAGCUCAGCUGUACCAGUUUCGGCGAGAGGUUAUGCCAGUGUUGAUGGGACCGCCAACGUCUCAGCAAGAGGUCAAAUUCGAGCCCGGAGACGCAUACCCGAUCACACAAAAUGGGCUACCCAUAUCAGAGGAAGAUGAAUCCAGCACGGCUGCGGGAUGGAUGUUUGACACCGGCGGUAUCGUCACCGGCAUGGACUGGGCACCUCUCCACAGCGCCAACGCGCCGCAGCUUCUGGCUCUCUGUGUCAUCCCGCACUCUGACCAGGAACACUAUGACUACGAGCAAGAGUCCAUGAAGCCCGACUUCCAGAAGUAUGGUACCGUUCAGCUUUGGGAGUUUUUGGGUGAAAGGCAGGAAGACGGGUUUGCUCGGCCGUCUUCGCGGAAACCAACUCUGCGCAAGACGAUAUGCUUGGAGUAUGGACGGGCGCGGAGGGUCAAAUGGAGUCCGGCUUGUGGGUUCUUGGCUGUGCUUUGUGAUGAUGGGAAUGUUUACGUUGUUGACGCUGAGAAAGUACAAGAACCUGUGGCUUGUUUUGGCUUCCCUGAUGAAGACAUCAAAGCAACAGCUCUGACAUGGAUCAACUUCAAUCGACUCGUGGUUGGCUACACGGAUGGUUCUGUCUCUAUCUGGUCUAUCCGUCCCAAUCGCCUACUCUCUCGACAUCCUGUUCAUCACAACAUCGUCGUUGACCUUGUGUCGGGUUACCCAGCCAUGCCCUAUCUCAUUGCUUCCACCCCUGUCGGAGGAACUGUCAGACUCAUUGACCUCCGAGCUCCGAGUCACGAAUCCACCGAGGUUCAGAGCUUGACAGUCGGUACGCAGCCAAACCUACUUGGAUACAGCGACCACAUGCUGGGGUUCUACUCCAUGUAUCCAUCUGCCGGUGUUCUCAACACACACAUUGGCUUCAUGCAUCAUUCUCAAUUCCCGGUUGCCCGUCGUGUCUUCACAGGAGAGAGUUUCCCCUCCUGUCUCGCUGUUGGGCGGACACAUCCAUACCUCCUUGUGGGUUCCCUGGACGGCUCACUCUGGUCGAUUAAUCCCCAGGUCGAGCUCUUUACCACAAGACGCGAGCCCACAGAUCGCAUCCGAGUCUUCCAUCACGAACACCGGCCCGCCAAAUUAUUCCCAGCUGACUCGCCUGCUGCGGCACGUGGAGUCGCCAGAAUAGCACAAGGUUUCAUCCUAGAACGAAACCUCAACAAGCAGUCAAACUACAAGCCGCCUGUUAAGAAAGGAAAGAAGCCGAAGAAGAAGGAGAGCGACGUGGCUGCGGCCGACGAUGACGACGCAGGCGCUGCCACAGAUCCAACGAGGGCCAUUAUUUAUGAGCCCUUGACGAGGAUAACAGUGGCCGAGUGGAAUCCAAACGAAGAAUACGGGUGCUGGGCUGCGGCGGCCAUGGCAUCGGGGCUCGUGAGGGUCAUGGAUCUCGGGCUGGCAGAACCGGAGGAAUAGGUCAAUCAUUGCUCGGGGCACUGAGAUCCCAAGAUGGUGUGGUGGUAGUCAAAUGCCUUGGCCAUGCCAUAGAAGUGAGUGGCAGCCGCAAGGAUGACAAAAACGUGGAAGAUCUGAUGCGAGCUUCCCCAGAUAUCAAACAUUCCGGGAGCGGUUCUCUCGGGCCAGCGAGUCUAAUCAGAGUUAGUCAACCGUAUACUCAACAUGAUAAGAAGACAUACCGCAUAAAGGAAGGCACCAAAGAUGUACAUAGCACCCUGCAGAGCGGUCCAGCUAAGGCUCAUACGAUCCUCGAGACCCUGGAUGCCGUAGAUGAAGGCACCUUGGAUGAUGGGGACGACACCAGAGAGACCAAGAGCAACGAACAUCAUGGCUCGAUAAGGCCUCCAUCGAGGGGUACGGAAACGCUCAACCCACGAUACAAUAGCACAGCCAAGUCCAAGAAUACAAAUCUGGUCCG